UUCUGUUUCAUAUUGGCCAAUUCCUUCCCUCGCUGUUCUUGCGUCUCCUUCAACGAAAUCUCUCAAAUCACAUUUUAGGUAUUUUGUUUCUCAUCGUUUUUCUUACACAUUUUACUUCUACAAUCUGCCAUUGUUGCAAAGCAAGCUUCCAUUACUAUGUCUGUUACCUCUUCCAGCUUCAAUCUCUUCCGUUCCACUGUUUCUUCCAACCCAGAUGCCUUCCUUUCGAAUCUCGAAGUUAGAGCUUCGGGUUGCUUUAAAUGGCCUUGUUCUGAACCCAAGGGAUCCUUCAAGCUUGUUGCUCGUCAUCAUUCAUCGAAUGUGAACUUCCGUACUCGACUUAAUUGUAUUUCGUCCGAGGCGGCGGCGGCGGCGGCGGCUGAGACCACCGUGGCACCGGGGGAUUCUAAGGUUGUUGAUGAUUUUGAUUCUGAAUCUCGGAUUGAUGGGGAUGGUGGCGUUGGAGGAGGUGGAAACGCGUUUGGUGGCGGCGGUGGGGGAGAUGGAAACGGUGAUGGGGAGGAUGAGAAGGAGUUUGGGCCGCUUUUGAAAUUUGACGACGUGAUCAAGGAAGCUGACGCUCGGGGCGUGAGGCUUCCUAUGGAUAUGCUUGAGGCUGCUAAGGCAACAGGGAUUCGGGAAGUUUUUCUUCAUCGUUACUUGGACUUGCAGGGUUCGGGUUGGUUGUUAGGCUUCUUGAUGAACUCCUGCUCCAUGUUUCGUGACCGAAUGCUAGCAGAUCCAUCUUUUCUUUUUAAAGUCGGAACAGAGAUAGUAAUAGAUUCAUGUUGUGCUACAUUCGCUGAAGUUCAGAAAAGAGGAGAGAAUUUCUGGGCAGAAUUUGAGUUGUUUGCUGCUGAUCUAUUGGUUGGUAUUGUGGUGGAUGUUGCUUUGGUCGGUAUGUUAGCACCAUAUGCUCGUAUAGGACAGCGGCCUGUCUCAAGUGGUUUAUUGGGACAGAUGCAACAUGCUUAUUCUUCUCUUCCUAGCAGUGUUUUUGAAGCUGAAAGGCCGGGGUGUAAAUUCACCGUGAAACAGCGAAUUGCAUCAUAUUUCUAUAAGGGUGUCUUGUAUGGCUCAGUGGGAUUUGGAUGCGGUCUCGUUGGCCAGGGAAUUGCUAAUUUGAUUAUGAAUGCAAAACGGUGCAUAAAGAAAUCAGAUGAGGAUGUGCCCGUGCCUCCUCUUAUUCAGAGUGCUGCUCUCUGGGGUGUCUUCCUUGCGGUAUCUUCCAACACUCGUUAUCAAAUUGUGAACGCACUUGAGCAGAUCGUCGAAGCGUCGCCUUUGGGAAAGAAAAUUCCACCGGUGGCAAUGGCUUUUACAGUUGGUGUGAGGUUUGCCAACAACAUUUAUGGUGGUAUGCAGUUUGUGGAUUGGGCAAGAUGGAGUGGGGUUCAAUAAAUUUAACAUGCUGCAUUAUUCAGCCUUAAUCGUAAAGGAAAAAAGGUCCCUUGGUUUGGCUCUCAAUAGUUGUAGCUUGAUCUAUUUAAGCUUUAGGUUUAGGAACUCGAAUCCCUUUUAGGGCAGUCUUAGAGCGAAUAGGAUGUCAAUUUUUCCUAUGAGUAUCCUUUGAUAGUACUUAGGAGUUGGUAGGAUCCCCAUGGCUUUAUUUAUCGGAUAAUUUAAAUGCAUGGAAAUUUUGCAAUACAGCCCAGUCAUGGUGGAGCUGGCAAAUUCACUUGGUUGGAACUUUUUAUUUUCCUCUCUUUUCCUUCUCAAUUGGGAGUUAAUAAUCUAUUGUGAAGAGAGAGAUUAAAGUUAGAUAAUCUUUCUCUAAUUAGAUUUCAUUAGAGAGACUUUGGCAUGAAGAAUCUCUCCAGGUCGGUGUAAAAUACAUCUUUAUUAUUUUACUAUCAGUAUUUUAAUAUACUAAGCCAUGUUUUCUUUUUGCUA